CCUCUUAGGUCACUCUUUCAGCCCUUGAAUAAAAACAGCACCCAACUUCCCAGGCGCCCUCAUUGCCCAGCCGGACCCCAGCCCCUGAUAGGUUCGGUCCGGCCCGCUCGCCCCGUGUUCCGCCGGCCCCCGCCCAGCGCACCGGACCCUCCGGCGCCCCGCGCUCGCUCUCUCGGUUUGCUCGCACCAUGGACAAGUUUUGGGGGCGCUUAGCCUGGGGACUGUGCCUCCUGCAGCUGAGCCUGGCGCAGAUCGAUUUGAAUAUAACCUGCCGAUACGCAGGUGUGUUCCACGUGGAGAAAAAUGGUCGCUACAGCAUCUCCAGGACAGAGGCCGCUGACCUCUGCAAGGCUUUCAACAGCACCCUGCCCACCAUGGCCCAGAUGGAGAAAGCCCUGAGCAUGGGGUUUGAGACCUGCAGGUACGGGUUCAUAGAAGGGCAUGUGGUCAUCCCCCGUAUCCACCCCAACUCCAUCUGUGCUGCAAACAACACAGGGGUGUACAUCCUCACAUCCAACACCUCCCAGUACGACACGUACUGCUUCAAUGCCUCAGCUCCACCCAAAGAAGAUUGCACAUCGGUCACACACCUGCCCAAUGCCUUUGAAGGACCAAUUACCAUAACCAUUGUCAACCGCGAUGGCACCCGCUACAGCCAGACAGGUGAAUACAGAACGAACCCUGAAGACAUCAACCCCAGCAGCCCCACUGACGAUGAUGUGAGCAGCGGAUCCUCCAGCGAGAGGAGCACUUCUGGAGGCUACAACAUCUUCCACACCCACCUUCCAACUGUAUACCCGACCCCGGACCAAGACAGUACCGCGGUGUCUGACAACCCAGAGCAUACCCCCAUUACCAUUACUUCAACUGUGCACUCAAACAGCCACGCAGCAGUUCAGGAGCAAAAUCAUUGGAUGUGGUCCUGGUUUGGUAACUCACAGCCUAAGACUCAGGAUCACACAGCAACAGCAACAACAGCUUUGAUGAGCUCUAGUGGUACAACUCCCAAAACAGCAACCAAGAGGAGAGAAGCCCAGGAUUGGAUUUCAUGGUGGUUUCAACCAUCAGAGUCCAAGAAUCAUCUUCACACAACAACGAUAAUGGCUGGUACGGAUUCAAAUAUCAUCUCAGCAGGCUGGGAACCAACUGAAGAAAAUGAAGAUGAAAGAGACAAACACCCCAGUUAUUCUGGAUCAGGCAUUGAUGAUGAUGAAGAUUUUAUCUCCAGCACCAUUCCAACCACACCACGGCUUUUUAACCACCCAAAACAGAACCAGGAUUGGACCUCGCGGAGCCCCGGCGAAUCGAAUCCAGGAAUAUUACUUCAGACUACUACAAGGAUGACUGAUGUGGACCAAAGUGGCACCAGUACUAAGGGAGAGGCCUGGCCCCGCGAACCACACUCUCCUCUCAUUCACCAUGAGCAUCAUGACGAAGAGGAGGCUCAGCAUCCUGCAAGCACAACUCAGGCAAUCCUUAGUAGUACAAUGGAAGAAACAGCUACUGAGAAAGAGCAGUGGGUUGAGAAUGGAUGGCCUGGGGAAUAUCCCCAAACACCAAAAGAAGACUCUCAUUCAACAGGAGGGACAGCUGCCCCAGCCCAAGAAGGCCAUCCAGACCAAAGAAUGACAACGCAGAGCCAAGAGGACAGCUCCUGGACUUAUUUCUUUGACCCAAUCUCACAUCCAAUGGGACGAGAUCAUCAAACAGAAAGAUGGAUGGAUAUGGACUCCAGCCAUAGUACAACACGUCAGCCUUCUGCAGAUCCAAACACACAUUUGGUGGAAGACCUGGACAAGACAGGACCUUUUUCAGUGACAACUCAGCAGAGUCAUACUCAGAGCUUCUCUACAUCACAUGGAGGCUUGGAAGAAGAUAAACACCAUCCAAUGACUUCUACUCCAACAUCUAGCAAUAGAACUGAUGGCAGAGGUGGAAGAAGAGGUGUACAUCUUCCUGAAGACUCAGCUACUUCAGUGGAAGGUUCUACUUCUCACUCACCAGCCACGGGGGAAUACAGGACCCUCAUCCCUGUCACCCCUGCUAACACGGGGUCCCCUGGAGUUACUGAAGUCAAUAUUGCUGGAGAUUCCAACUCUAACGUUAUUCAUUUCUUUUCAGAAGACCAAGACUCAUCAGUUCACCCCAGUGGAACGUCCCAUACCACUCAUGGAUCAGAAUCAGCUGGCCACUCAAGUGGGAGUCAAGAAGGUGGGGCAAACACGACCUCGGAAUUUCCUAUGCGGAAACCUCAAAUUCCAGAAUGGCUCAUCAUCUUGGCCUCCCUCCUGGCCUUGGCUUUGAUUCUUGCCGUUUGCAUUGCUGUCAAUAGUCGAAGAAGGUGUGGGCAGAAGAAGAAGCUGGUGAUCAACAAUGGCAACGGAGCAGUGGGGGACCGGAAGCCAAGCGGAAUCAACGGAGAGGCCAGCAAGUCUCAGGAGAUGGUGCACUUGGUGAACAAGGAGCCCUCAGAGACUCCAGAUCAGUAUAUGACAGCCGACGAGACGCGGAACCUGCAGAAUGUGGACAUGAAGAUUGGGGUGUAACACCCACGCCGUGGUGACCUUGGAGAGAAACGGCAGUUGGAGACAUAACCAUGAUAAGGAGCUGGGACACUUCACAGAUGCAAUGUGCUACUGAUUGUUUCAUUGGGGAUCUUUUUUUAGUAUAAAAUUUUCUACUCCUUUUUGUUUUUUGCGUUUUAUUUUUUAAAGUCAGGUCCAGUUUAUAAAAACAGCAUUGCUUUCUGAAAUGAGGGCCCAAAUGAUAACCUGCAAGAAUUUGACUGCUCCAGUUCCCACCUAGAAGCCUCCACCCCUGAGGGCAUGCUCUGGAUGGCUUCUAACAAAAGCCACAAAUACAUCUUCCUGAUCCCCGACCUUCCCUCCACUCCUCCUCCCAGGCAACAGCAGCCAGCUAAGGACAUCCCCCAGGGCUAAGAGGGAUUGGUCCCUGGGAAGAUAUUUGAAUGGGUCCACAUCCCUCCCCUCCUCCUGCAGCCUAGUCCCUGGGCAUUUCUUUCCAGUGGGGUAGGGGAUCAGAAUGUACUGGUUACACAUCCCCUUCUACAGAGCCCCUGGAAAUUUUUCACAUGCUUCUGGGAAAUACCCAAAAGGUGAAGCUAUUUAUCUGUAGGAAGCUAUUUAUCUGUGUUUUUGAAAUAUUAAACCCUGGAGGUCCUUUGAUCAGUAUGAUUUUUUUUUUUUUUUUUUUUGGUUACUUUGUCAGAGGCAUAAAGGGUUUAAGCUGAUUCAUAAUAAACAUCUGUACUUCUUCCACUUUAACCCUUUGUGCUGUGAUCCUUCAGUUUUUUUCACCAGCAAGGUCUGGUUCCCAAAAACCCAUCAGGAAGAUGUGAGAAAGCCCUCCUUGAAAGUCUUCAUCUCAGAGCCACUAAGCCCCCCAUUCAGGCUCACUCAACCAAAUCUCAAAGAGAAUCAAGGAAGAUAGUGCUGUGUUAUCUCUGGGGCUCCAGAGCUUUCUUCUGUUCUAGCACCAGAGUUGUGAGGGGAGGAACCUCAGCUGCUUUUAUGUGAGAAUGGCCACCAGUUCUCUGCCCUGAAAGGCUGUGAAAAGUCACAUUACAUUGCAUGACCUACCAUUUGUGGCACCCCAUUUCAUAGACACUGACCCUGUGACGUGAUGUCCAAAAACAAUAUGGAAGUACCUUUUGACCUCUUGUAAUGAAAAGAGAAGCCAAUGGAAAUGAAAGAGAGCAUAGACAGUAGCCAACUGAUUGCCACAGGUUGGGGAAGGGGGAGGCAGCUGUGUAGAUCCUGUCUGAAUAUUUUUAUAACUGUAUUUGUUUAUACUUUAGCAAGCCAGCUGUCCCCGACAUAGUUGCUACUCAGGGUAUGUUAAGUGCCUGGGAAGUCCCUCAGAAGGUUACAGGGCUUCCCACCAUUGGACUCUUAGCACCAAAUAGGCAGGUUUAUGACCAAAUAAGAGAAUAAUGGCUUUAUCCCUUGCUUGGCAAGUCCUUGGUCUUUAGUCAUUGGUUCAGAAGUCCCAUUGGUCCUGGAACUUCCAAAGAUGCUUUGUAAUAGAAGAAAUUGAAUCUAUAAGCCAAGGACUCCUAUUAAAUGAGACUGCUCUCCUUAUGCCCCCAUAAAAAGUCAUCUGUUGCCUAAACUGAUAGGUUUAACUGGUGAUGUUGCUAAGACCAGAGAGAGAGAGAGAGAGAGAGAGAAAGAAGACGAAGGAAGAGGAGGAAGAAGAGGAAAAGAAGGAGGAGGAGAAGAAAAUAGGUCCCACAUUAGUCAGGGCUGGGCUUAUACCUGGGGCGAUUAUGAAGGGUCUAUUUUUAAAACGGAGGCCCACUUUCUGCACUCAUUUCCAACUUCUGUUCUCCCCUCUCCACCUUCAUAACCUCCUCCCAAUCAUGAUCUUUGAAAACUUCCUUCUCUUCUGUGAACUUCAUUGGCCAGUUCCAUACCCAGCUGUCUGGUUUUCCUUUUAUUUUCAAGUGGAAAGAAAAGACAUGGACAUCUAGCCCCUCCGUUUCACAGUCACCAUGUCCAAGUGCUCCCUGCUUUCCAAGAGCUUUCCUGGUCUGCUGCAGACACGCUCAUUCCAGCUCUUUAGCCACUCCAGGAUCCGGUUCAGGAGGGCUAUGCCAGGUUCUAUCUGUCCCGAGAUUUUCUUCAGGGUCAUGGAUAGUCUUACAAGUCUCACAGCUAGGGAUGGUUUUCCUUUUCUAGAGAUUUCCAAUAAAUAGGCUGAGAGAGGUGAUUGUUUUCUAUUUUUAGAAUUUAGUACCAUCUUUCCUUUUAUUACUGUUGUAGUCCCUCACUUGGAUAUGCCUCUGUGUUCUCAAAUAAGAAUGGGAGAGGUCCAGAGCUUCCAGCCCUUGGAUGCAAUACCCCUCCAAUACUGCCCAGAGUUCAUGGAAUAGGAUGUAUUCUCUCCCAUUUGAAACAAUGGCAUAGAGAGCUUAAGAUGCAAUUUUUCCUAAAAUUUCCUAAAUCUUUUGUGUCUCCUGAGGGCUGUCUUUAACUUAGCACUGGGUGAAAAUAAAAUGGGACAAGAGACUCCUUCAUAUCAAUAUUUUGUAGAUUCUAGCCUGGCAGAAUGGAAUUCUCAAGCAGAACCUCUCAAAGUUUUAUAUUGAGAUCAUGAGGCCAAGAAUUGAUUUCAUAGCCAAUGUUCAUUCAAUACUGGUACAGCAGAGGAGUGGGAGAAAGGAAUCUCUGACUUCUCUAGAAAUGUCAAGUGUACUUAAGAAUAAGAAUAACGUGGUCCAUUUACCUUUAUGUAUUGGUAUGCCUUUCUAUAAAUCACUUAUGUUGAGUUCUCAAAGAAUAGCUCAUUGUUCAUGCAUGUACAGUAACCAUUGUUACUUUGAUUUGUCACAGCACACCCUUCCUCUGAUUUUUGUAUAUUUAUUGAUGGACCAGUAGUAAUGAGGAAAGCAUGAUAUGUAUAUUGCCCAGUUGAAAGCACUUAUUGGAAAACACCAAAAGGCUACUAUUAAAAGUCUAAAGGAAACAGA